AGAAGAAGAAGAAGACUCCUCAGAGGAUGUCAGGGUGGUGGUGCUGAUGCUGGAGGAGGGGUGGAGGCUGAUGGAGGCUGAACUUCCUGUCUGAAUCUGCAUCCCAGCGCAUCCAGAGAGAACUGAGCAGCGGAGACGGACCUUGACUGGAGCUGCUGCCACAAGCUGGAGGUUCAGUGGUGAUUCAGCAGAGGACCAGAGAGGAGACAGGAGAAAGGAGGUGGAGGAGAGGAGCCACAGCUGCUGGAGCUGAUGUUUUAACGCUUUUAACAAACAAAACCAUGCGCAGGAGGAUUUUAUAAAAGUUCUGUCAUCUCAGCUGAAGAAGUCUUGCAGCUUCUGUAGAAAUCAAUCUCACUGAUUCAGGCGGAUUUCAGUGGUUUUUUAUCGCGGAUGCAUCGUGCGCCUCGGAGCUUUCCAGGGCUGCAACCGUGCGCCUUUGCGCUGGAGGAGGCUGUGCGCGCCUGAGUGUGUGUGUGUGUGUGUCUGUGUGUGUGUGUGUGUGUGUGUGGGAUUGAUUGAGUGUGUGUGUGUGUGUGUGAGUGCAGAGAGAGAGAGUGAGAGGUGGCGGAGGAUCAGCCGGAGUGGCCGACCAGUCAGAAGGAUGCUGGAGGGCAAUGCCCGCAGAACGAGAGGAUGAGAUCUGUCGAAAGGCGCUGGAGCUGCUGUCAGACCUGUGCUCCAGGGGGGAGGUGCAGGACGACCACUGCCUGGACUUCACCUACUACUUCAGGGACCUGGCCAGACCCAGAUACACGGACUCAGAUGUAUCGGUGAGUCUGUUGUCUCUGCUCGUCACCACCUGUGGUCUGGCGCUCUUCAGCGUCUCCCUCUUUGUGUCAUGGAAGCUGUUCUGGGGGCCACUAAGUGGCCGUUUCCUCCCCGAUAUCCUCAAGGGGGCGCACUUCCUGGGAGGAGACCAGCAGCCCGUGCUCACAGAGGUGGACGGGGAGGAGAGGGAGUACAGCGAGGAAUGCUGUAUGAAGGAGCCUUCGGGGCUUCCCUCGGCCGUGGCUGUGCCGGGGUCGGGCCUGAAGAUAAGCCACACAUCGCCCGACAUCCCACUGGAGACCCAGACCAAGGUGGAGAGAAACCAGGUCCACACUCUGGCGAGGGACAGGGUCCAGAGACAGAUAACUGAGCCUACCUCGUCUGUACGGCACAACUCCAUCCGUCGGCAGAUGAACUUGUCCAAUCCGGACUUCAACCCUGCUCAGUUCCAGCGCCAGGAGUCUCUCUCUGGUUUGGGCCGAAUCAAACCAGAGCUCUACAAGCAGCGUUCGGUGGAUGGUGAAGACGGGCGUCACUCCUGCGGCUGCGGGAUUAUCCAUUUCAUCCUGAAGUUUGACUUCGACCUGGAGCAGCUGAUCGUGAAGAUCCACAGGGCACAGGACCUUCCGGCCAAGGACUUCUCAGGGACCUCCGAUCCUUACGUCAAGAUCUACCUGCUGCCUGACCGCAAAACCAAGCACCAGACCAAGGUGCACCGCAAGACUCUCAACCCAGUGUUCGAUGAGGUGUUUCUCUUUCCUGUGGCGUACACGGAGCUGCUGAGCCGAAAGCUGCAUUUCAGCGUUUACGACUUUGACAGGUUCUCACGCCACGAUUUGAUCGGCCAAGUGGUGGUGGACAACUUCCUGGAGCUUGCCGACUUUCCCCGGGAGACUAAACUGUGCCGAGACAUACAAUAUGUAACCUCGGACAACGUGGACCUGGGAGAGCUGAUGUUCUCGUUGUGUUAUCUCCCCACGGCCGGCCGGCUCACCAUCACCAUGAUCAAAGCCAGAAAUCUCAAAGCCAUGGACAUCACCGGGGCCUCAGAUCCGUACGUGAAAGUGUCGCUGAUGUGCGAAGGCCGGAGGCUGAAGAAGAGGAAGACGUCCACCAAGCGCAACACCCUGAACCCGGUGUACAAUGAAGCCAUCGUGUUCGACGUUCCUCCUGAGAACAUCGACCAGAUCAGCUUGCUCAUCGCCGUCAUGGACUAUGAUCGCGUCGGACACAACGAAGUGAUCGGAGUGUGCAGAGUGGGCAACGAGGCUGAGAGUCUGGGACGAGACCACUGGAGCGAAAUGCUGACGUACCCGAGGAAACCCAUCGCUCACUGGCACCCGCUCAUAGAGUGGGUCGUACAGACCGUGACGGGGAGCGGAAGCCAAGGAGGAUCCACCAAUUCACUGAAGACGCCACCUUCACCAUGACGACACACACACACACACAAAGAGCCUCAGGGUGGAAGAGUGAUGAUGGGCGAUGGGCCUGCAGAUAGUGAAAUAUUAAAACAUAAAGUACCAGGUGUAUUAGUACCAGGUGAGACUAACCAGUAGUAACAUCAUCUCAGCCGUUCCUCUAACUGAUGUGUCAUUAGACUGAACUGUGGGCUAAUCACCACGUCCUCACGUGUCUUCACAACCAAAAACACUUAACUACAUUCCAGCUGAACUAACGACAGAACUUUCUCUCUUUUUAAAACGUUACUGACACGAUUAACAGGUGGAGAUUAUCCAACAGGUCGAGGUUUCCUCAGCACGUCACAGUUUGUGGACCAAAAUCAUUAAUUUCUACGUGAACGUGUGGAGCUGUGGUUAGUGAUGUAAGAGUUAGGGAACGGAGAGGGCGCUCCAGAUGUUUUGGCUUCACUUUUAAGGGGCUGUCAUGUCGUCCCUUGUCAUAUUCAGUCCACGUUCUGAGCAUCGAACCCUCUCGUGCACUGAUUAUAAAGUACACGACCUAAACCUUAGUUUCACUGCAGAGGGCGACUUUCUCACAGAACUCUUCCCGUAAAGAUGUAAACUGAAGAAUGUGUAAAGCAGCUGACGGGAUCAUACAGUGUUUGAGUUACUGCAUGUUAAAUACUUUGUUUACAGGGUGCGGUCAGAAAGAAGGAAACACAAGCUUGUUGUCAUCAGUGUUUGAGGUUCUGGUAAAUCUGGAAAUCGUCGGAUCUCCUCCGAGGAAACGUAGAUGCUAACUUUCAGCACGACUGCUAAUGAUUCUCAGUGAUUUCCUCGACAUUCUGAUUUGUCUCCUUCAUCCAUGUUGUAAUAAGAGUAAAGGCCCCAAGAAACUAGGAAUGUGUGUCACGCCCCCUGUGGCCGAGUUGUAAUUAGCAGCUCAGCAUGGAAACUCAUGACGCUGCGUUUUGUUGUCGAGGAUUUAACGAUGGUCCCGGUGCAAUGUUCGCCCACUGUCCGAAUUUCUUGGGAGUAAAUUCAGAAUGGAUUCUGAUCGGACGCUGAAUGAGUGAACGACCCGGAUGAGUCAUCAAACAAUUGAAACCAUUUUACAGGAAAAGAGAUUAAAUGUAAAAUAACAAAUAUGUGAAAAAUAACAUUUAACAUUAACGUCUUAACAAGCUUUUAAAAGAUGUCGGAUGACGAUGUUUAUACAGCUGCAUUAACUGAUUUGACCACGAGGGGGCAGCAGAUCAGGAUUCAAACAAAACAGUUGUUGGAUAUUAUAAUGAAUAGAAACAAUGCCUCAAAACAGGUCGUAAAAACAUCCAGAAUUUCCCUGACGUCUUAGAAGCAGCUUCAUAGACGUCAGUGAAGCCGUCGUAUCUCGAUCAUCGCUCUUAUCGACCCGGUGGUUAAUCACUUGAGCCUUUUUGAUGGGGUCAAAGGGCUCCCAUUAAAAAAACCAAUACUGAAAUCAAUCACUCGGAAUCAUGUCGUCAAAUUAGAAGCAGUCUCUGUUUCCAGAAAACAAGGAACUGGAUUAUUUCUAUUCUACAAACUCUGCUGUCAUGGGGCCGAAUGUUUUCCUUCGUACUUGUGACCUCACUCUGCAGCUGUUUGUUUUUUGAAAGUCGGAUUAAACCCAGUAUUGUUUUAAUGUCUUCGUAUUGGACACGUCACAGUUAAUGACAGUUUCUCUUGUGUUCGUAGGUACAGUGCAUGCAUCAUUUUUCUGUGAGUCAUUUUUAAAUCUCUUUAGUUGUGAGAUACUAACCAUAGUGUAAACACCAGAUGUAUAAUGAAACUAAGGCAGACUGUGCUAACUGUCCAUCAGAUGUUAUUAAUAAAUAUUUCUAUUUAUA